AUGUCCGUAUUCUGUUCUCUCGCAGAAUUCCUCUCUAGUCAUUUUGACUUUCUUGUUGCCGGUGGAGGUACAGCCGGUCUCGCACUUGCCGCACGCCUGUCUGAGGAUGGGCAAUUUCGUGUAGGCGUGCUCGAAGCUGGCGAGAACAGGCUGGAUGAUCCUAUGGUCAAUAUUCCAAAUCUGUUUCCACAAACCCAGUUCAACCCUGGCUAUGACUGGAUGCUGAAGAGCGUUCCACAAGUCCACGUGAACAACCUCGAAUUCGCUCUGCCACGCGGGAAAGUGUUGGGAGGCACUAGUGCCACUAAUUACAUGCAGUAUAGUAGACCACUCCGUUCUGACUGCGAUGAAUGGGCGAGCUAUGUUGGCUCAGACGAGUGGUCGUGGUCCAAGAUGAUUCCAUACUUCCGAAGAAAUGAACGUUUAGAGGCUGAAGAUUACCAAAAGACGUAUCUUGAAGCGCACGGAACCAACGGGCCAAUCCACACCAGCUCAACUAGAUCCCAAAUUCCUAUGGAAAAUCCAUUUCUCGAUGCCUGUCGAGAAGUUGCUGGAUUUGACCCAGAGGGGCAGGAUGCCACCAACGGAACACAUGAUGGGUUUUUCCAGGCUCUUUCCACCGUCAACCGCACAGAUCGCAACGGAACACGAAGCUAUGCAGCUUCCGGAUAUUUAUUACCUUACUUGCACCGCACCAACCUCAGAAUACUCACAAAGGCCAAUGUCGAGUCUGUGAAGUUCCAAGGAGACAGCUCCGACACGGUGGUGGAAGGAGUUUACUUCUGGCAUUCGGGAGCCAGGCAUGCAGUCAAUGCCAGGCGAGAAGUCAUCCUCAGCGCAGGCACUUACAAGACGCCCCAAAUUCUUGAACUUUCAGGAAUUGGAGAUCCUAAAAUCCUUGAAGCUGCUGGAGUGGCCUGCGUUGUACCGAAUAAUUUCGUGGGCAAAGAUAUGCAAGAUCACACCGCGUUCGUCACGACGCUUGAACUAGCACCAGGAGGCUUUUCUAUCGAUGCGUUUGCAGACCCACUUGUUGCUCAACCCGCCAUGGAAGAUUAUCAACGUACAGGGGGUGGGCCUCUUGCGAAUCCUCCAUCAGGUAUGGGCUUUCUCAGCUAUUCAUCCUUGGUGUCCUCCAACGACCUUGAAGCCACCAUCGAUGCUGUAGGACAAAUCGAAGGGCUGAAAAGACCUCUCACAGCGGCUCAAGAGCAGAGAGUAAUCAACAGGCUGAGCGAUCCUCACGCUGGGGCGAUUCAAAUUCUCUUCAUUCCAGGAAAUAUUGAUACUGCGGAAGGGCGUGCAGAUCAGUCCAAAUUCAUUCGACCCGCAGUCAUUGGAAACAAUCAUGUGACAGCAAUAACAGCAUUUCAGUAUUCAUUGAGUCGGGGAAGUGUACACAUCACGAGCAGUGAUAUCGAAGCUCCACCCACGAUUGACCCAUCCUUUCUAUCACAUCCGGUAGAUGUCGCAGUAUUGCGUGCAACAUUGCAAUUCCUGAACAAGGUCUCGAAUUCAACAGCUGUCAAAGCGCAGCUCAAUCCAGGCUUCAACCUAGCCGAUACGUUUGGACUUGGAGACCGAGACCGUGAAAUAUCGUACAUUCGCAGCCAUGUAGGAACAGAGCACCACCCCAUCGGCACGGCUGCUAUGGGAACAGUCGUCGGCACUGAUCUAAGAGUAAAGGGGGUCGCCAAGCUGAGGUGCGUGGACGCAAGUAUCAUUCCCAUUCACAUAAGCGGUAACCCCAUGGCAAUGGUGUAUGCAAUAGCCGAAAAAGCAGCGGAUCUGAUACUUGGUGCUGCUAAAGCAUGA